CCCAUCUACGAUAACACUGCGACUGAAUUAUUUGAAAUAGAAGAACAACAAAGAAACGAAAGUUCUUUAUUUGCGUCCAGCUCGGAAGGAUCAAAUAAGGAUAUCAACGAAGAACAAUUCGACUACGAAUUGACUAUAGAAAGAAUUCCAACACCAAUCAUCAGUCAGGAAAUAUCCGAUCAACCUAACGAUUCACUUGAAAGUCUGUCUAAAUUUGACGAAUUCGCAAAGAAAAGUGCAGAAUUAACAGUGAAAAUACAAAACGAAAUAAACAAAUUGAAAGCAAUGACUACCUUUAACCAAACUGACGAAUGGGGAAAUCCUUUUGAAGCAAAUCAAGGAAGCCGACAACCAGAUCUAGAAUCGAUAGAAAAACCCUCCAAACAGGUAUCGAAUAAAGGAAAACAAAAAUACCAAGAGGAAAGUUCAAAAAAGAAUAAUAAGAAACACGGUAAAAGUUCAAAAAAUUCAUCACCAGACUCAGGAUCAGAUUCAUCCGACACAGACAAACCAAGGAAAUUUAGUAUUCCCGAAUUUUCUCAGAAUAUACCAACCAAUGCCACUCAUAUCUUAAAGGAACAUAAAAUUCCAUUAUUUUAUGGAGAUGACGAUGAAGAAGAUCCAACCGAAUGA